AUGUUCCCCCGUCCGAUCAGCACGACGGGCGGCGUCCGAGCGUUCGCGAAACAGAACAAACAGGUCGUGGACGUGGGAAACACGCUCCCAAUGAGAAGAGGCGAGAGCCAAUCGCUGGCGGCGCGUGCCGAUUGGUCCGGCGCCCUCGCACGGCGCGUCAAGAUUGGGCCGGGGUCGGGGACCAAUGGCGAGGGCGAUCUGGGGUAUGACGGGCGGCCAAUGAGCGCGUGGGAGCCGGCGGGACAAGUGGGACAAAGCCAGCGGCAAGCCAAACCGCUGCCGUUGCGCCGGUUCAUGCUGGAGACACGGCAGCUAGCCGGGCGGGCAUCCUCACAGCGGCCCCCCCUCUCGAGCGGCAAGCGGCUCCUUGGGCCUCUGCCUGGUCUGGUAACACCUGAUUGCCAGCCCUGGCAGGCGACAGCGGAGGAGGGCACAGCCGGCGGGCCUGAAGCUGGCGUGAGGGCGGCUUCGUCUGGUGUAAGCGCCGUCCUCGACGACAGAAGGCAUACUGGUGGUGAGGCGACUACGGUAGUCAGCUGGCUGGCCAAGCAGGUCGCGUGCGACCAGACAACACCAGCACCGCGUCUACCACCGGCUCCCUUCUACUGGCCUUGUCGGUGCCACGCUAGAGCUGUACGAAGCUGGAGCCCUCGGUGUCGUGGUGUCAAGGUGUCAUGGCAUGUCUUGGUGUCUAAAAAUGAGUCAGAGACGCCUGCAGGAUACCUGCAUACCUGCCUGCAUCGAGCGCUGGCCAGUGGGAGGGGAGAAGCGGGUGGUACAGGGGAAGGAACCCCGGAUCGAGGGUACAAGACUACAACAGUGUCUGAAGCCCCAAGUCUGCACUGUAUUUGGGCGUGCCUUCCCGCCGCACAGCACAGUUCGCCAUGUCCACUCCCCAUCGUCAAACCUCCACGUCCAUUCUCCUCCAUUCUCCGACAUGCCACUAUCAAACCCAUCAACCGCUCCGCCAUCCCAUCCCUCAACCGCCCUGCAAGCCUCUCGCCCUGUCUCCCUCAUCCUCUCCCGAUCGAAAAGAACCCGUCGUGUUUCAGAUGCACACCCCGGCUCCAAGCCCUGUCGCGUCUCAUGGUCGAGACCCAGACGCAGGCCCAGCCUGAGCCCGAUGCGGUCAUUGUCUUCAGUCGAACAGCCCUUUCUCUGCCGACAUGGCACCAAAAGGCAAAAGACACGGAGCCUGCGGCAACCCUGUCCACCGUGGGAACGAACCGUGGACCCCAGAGCAGAGGCCCGCCGCCGACCCUUUCGCGCCGCAUCACCAUCCAUUGGGCUCCAGUCGUCCUGCCAUCAUAA